CUGUCAUUUUUUUAAAUUCAAUUGGUGUUUUUAUAACAAAUAUUUAAAUUCAUAAUCACAAUGAGUUCAAAACAGAACGACGAAAAUGAAUUGGAAUGUAUAAAAGCUGUGAGAACUAAACCCGAUAUGACGGUUACUGAAGAGAUCGCCAAAGCUAUCGGCAGUAACUACAGAACAGUGCCUGCGUUUGAAAAGGGUUUAUUCGACUAUGUUUUAACUAAACAUUACUCGUUGGAAAGGAACCAAUAUCUGAAAUGUCGUUGGUUAGAAUACAAAAGGGGAUAUGAGAAAAGAGUCUUUGCUCCAUUUCAGUUUCCAAGCCACAGGGAUCUGCAUUUCCAUAAUGGAGCGGUGAGGUUCCGUCCUGCGGAGUCAAUACAUCGCCGUACUGACUACCGUAUGCAACUCCAGCCCGGCCCUGGAGUAGAUAGACAAGGACAGAUGCCAAUUCCUUACGAAUUAAUCAUGAAGAGAGGAGAAGACAAGAAAGAGAAACGCAAGACCAAAAAGAAGGAUACGACAAAAGAAAAAAAGACUGAGAAAAAG